AUGACCGAAGAGGGACUGGAAGCAAAAACACGUCAAGGUCAGCCAGAAUAUACAAAUGAAGAGUUGGAUGAAGAAUUAACAGAGGUCCGUCCUCUAGAUAUCCCACUACAUUUGUUAGAACUUGACACAGCUGAAGAUCUGCAACACCAGCGCUCUACCACGGGCACAAUGCGGACGUUUGCAGAAGUAUAUUUUGAAGGACCAACAACCAUCACCGGUAGAACUGAGCUGCAACUAGGGCAGGAACUUGAAGACAAAAUGGAGGCUGGAUCAAACUGGGAUGGAGAUGAUGAUUCUUACAACAUGGGCAUGAGAAACGAUAAAGCAGAACAAAGUGGGGAUGGCUCAAACCCUUCUCCAACAGACGGCAGCACCACUGAACAGCACACAGAAAACGAGGCUGUUAUUGAAAAGAAUGAUGUCAAUUCAAUGGUUGAUGCUGUAAGUCCCAAGACGGAUGAAAGUCUCUUGGAGAUCUUGGUGCGAAUAGCGGAAAAUCCUUCAGGGUGGCAACAAGUUCGUCAUAUUCUGAAGGAAAUCAGAAGAGAAGAGUUGAGGAAGGCGGGUGUUCUUCCACCUGCCAAUGAGAAAGGAGAGACAUCAAAGGUUUCUAAAGGAACUUCUAAAGUCAAAAGUUACUUGACAAAAACUUCUAAAGAUCCUCCUCGAUCGAAGAUAAAAGGAAAUUCACUGCAAUCUCUGGAUUCUGUAAAUAUCCGAAACAAAACCAAACCCACAGAUUCAAACAGGAUACCAACAGGAAACGGAGACAAACAAUGGCCAAACAGGACGGCCCAGAAAGAGAAAAGUAAUCAUAUGUCAAGUAUAGAUUCAGCAAUCGCUUAUUUAUCGGUGUCUGAUCAUCAAAAUAACAACAAAAUUCCUAGUCCCACAAAAUCGAAGGAUCUUCCUGACAGAUACGGUUGGUCUGAGUCUUUAAAAGAUGGCGGUGCAGAAACAAACCGAAUGGACUCUUCGUCAAAUUCAGUGGAUCGGCAUCGAAACAGAAACAAUUGGUUUGGCUCAUCCGGCAACUCAAAUUUACGUCAGGCCAUAGAAAAUACCUACAGGAAGCCGGACGAGUGGGCCAGAAUUCUAUCAGGUUCCAAAUCAACGUACAGAGAUACGGACAGUAACAACUUCGCGGGAAUACCCGGUUUCAGCAGAUCUCUUGGUAAGGAUGUGCCUGAGAGCAGAAUGCCUCAUUUCAGCGGUUCUCUUGGUAAGGACGCACCUGAGAGUAAGGCACACACGUCGAAAGGAUCGCAGACCAAUUUUAGCAACUGGCGUGGCCUCAAUCCAAAGGAGGAGAGAAGAUACUAUAAAAGUGAAUCAGUCUAUAAUAGUCCCAGUACGAGUUGGCCGAGGUUUUCGGUAGAGUCCCUCAAACAUGGUAACCUUGCUGGGAACGUCAAAACUUGGCCCAACAUUCCCUCAGAUCAAAUCAUUGGUUCGAAUACAAACGGUUACAACCCUGACGAAACAUCAGAUAACUGGCCAAAAUUUCCCCUCGAAGCACAUCUCCCAAUCCAGAGUCCACACACUUACAUCUGGCCUAAUUACUCGCAUUAUAAUUCAAAUCAUAACGGUAUAGUAGACGGUAAGAUCAGCGAUUGGUCAAAGCCAUCGCUAGAUUCGGCAGCGUCCAAACAAAGAGAGAGGAUGACGAACGCUUGGUCAAAAUCGCAUUCGUCACAGCAGAGGCCUGUAUCCGCUUUGGACACAGCCAUAGCGCACCACACCAAGGAGGCAUCCGGCAACAAGCAGUGGCCCCACUUUGCAUACCACAGAGUGACCUCCAGCCCACAGAUUCUUGCCCAACAGCAAAAAGAAGCCCGGCAAAGGGCACGUCACAGGAACGCGUACAUCGCCGUCUCCGUGAUAGCUCCACCAAGAAAGAAUAAGGGACUGAACAAGACGCAGAGCUCGUUACUACAGCCUCCUGGAAACGCACAAAACAAUGAAAACGGGCCCCCAGACAAACCUUCCGUGGCACCCUUCCCCGACAAAAUGGACCAGCUGCUGGCGAUGCAGUCCGAGAAACAGAAAUUCCCUGAUGGAGGGGACUUACUUGAGGAAGAGUUGGUAGAUGUAGCAGUGAUGGGGCAGCAGCAAAGAGCUGCUUUGCCUUGGAACCACGCCAGGCACCUCGACAAGAUUCAGGAGCAACUGAAAACGCUUUCGGCCAUGGGCGAGAAGUUACGUUAUCACCUGCUGGAAAAAGAAAGACUCCUCGAGCUACUCAGAGAUGGUGAAAAGAAUGGUUCUGCUUUCUUAAGAUCGCAGAGACAUGCCAGCACAGGACAAGAAACCACAAUAACCACGGCCACUACAACAAGCAUUGAUCCCCCAGACCGUCUCAUUACCCCUCAUACAACACAACCCCCACCAACUCCUUAGCAAAUGUUGAUUACAUUAAAACAUUCUGAUUCCGCCAGUUAAUCUUGGUCAAAGACGAGUACAAAUGGAGAGGUCAUGAUUAUUGGUUCCAAGAAAUGGCAACCAGUGGCGGAUAUAGCGUUACUAUAGAAUAAAUACAAUAAUUGGCAUUUAUUGACUUAAAAAAUAGCGAAGCCUUUGGUCGUUCGCGGGCAAACUCGAUCACAUUUCAGCAAUAAUCAUGCCAUCCGUGAAAAAUAGAGAGCAAUUACGACUCAAAAUUAAAAUACACUGCAGCAAACUGCGAAUCUCGUAUACAGCUUUUGAAAGAACCGAGAUUUAUUACGCUAGGCACUCUGUGUAUUCCGGCUUAUCUUACACCGGAAGUUGUUACUGCUGUUCCGUACGUGUUCUUAUUAAGAAAAUUCGGCUAGUCGGUCUCAGUGGUAAUACGUAAUUUCUAUAAAGAGUUAACUUUAUUCAGAAACGGAGGGUAACGUUUCUCUUACUGAACUUUCGAACGCAAAAAAAAAAAAAAAAAAAAAAAAAAAAAAAAAAAAAAAAAAAAAAA